ACUUGGAGCUGCUUCCUGAUUCAGUUGCUGUGCAGAAAUAGUUACGAUCAGAACUAACUUCCUCUUCUCAGUGAUCGACAAUGGCUCCUGUUCCUUUGCUGCUGCUGGCCACUCUGGAGGAGUUGGUUGAAGCAGAGUUGAAGAUAUUUAAAUGGCACCUGACCCAGGACCUGCUGAAAGGCUUUCCUCAUAUUCCAGUAAGCCAGUUGGAGAAAGCUGACAGACUGGACACUGUGAAUAAGAUGGUGGAGACCUACGGUCCUGAGGGAACUGUGAAGAUCUCACUGGAGAUCCUGAGGAAGAUGAGCCAGAACCAACUGGCUGAAAUGCUAAAGAACGAGUACGAUGAGGGUGAGACAACAGAACCAGCAGUCGAAGACAAACUAAAAUGCUAUCUCAAGAAGAAGUACGGCUGUAUAUAUGAGGGGACGUCAAAGGAAGGUGAUUUUAUCUAUUUAAAUCAGAUCUUCACUGAGCUCCAUGUGUUCGAGGGGGCCUGGGGAGGGGUCAGAGAUGAGCAUGAGGUCAUACAUCAGAACAUCAGAACACCAGCCACAGGAGAGACCACUGUUGAAGUCAGAAACAUUUUCAAACAACGGUCUGAUCAAAAGAAGGCAAUCAGAACAGUGCUUACGCAGGGCAUUGCCGGCGUAGGAAAGACUGUCUCUGUUCAGAAGUUUAUUCUAGACUGGGCAGAAGAAAAGGAGAAUCAGGACAUUGAUUUCAUCUUUCCACUUCCUUUUCGCCAAAUCAACUCUAAUAUAAGGGAAGACGACUGCAGUCUGAUUGAACUGCUUCAUCAAUUCUUCCCUGACAUGGAACCAAUCAAGAGUCUAAGGAACAAGUCUAAAGUUCUGUUCAUAUUUGAUGGUUUGGACGAGUGUCGACUCCCUCUGGACUUCAACAAUAAGGUUCUGACAGAUGAAACAAAGCCAGCCUCUCUGGACAAAUUGAUCACAAACCUGAUCACAGGUGAGCUCCUCCCUUCUGCUCUCAUCUGGAUAACCUCCCGGCCUGCAGCAGCCAAUAAGAUCCCUCGAAAACACAUCCACCAGUGGACAGAGGUACGAGGGUUCAAUGAUCCACAGAAGGAUGAGUACUUCAGGAAAAAAAUCACUGAUGACAACCUGGCCAGCAGAAUUAUCACACACAUGAAGUCAUCAAGGAGCCUACACAUAAUUUGCCACAUACCAGUCUUCUGUUGGAUAUCAGCCAGUGUUCUAGAGAAACUGUUGGGUGAAGCAGAGAGAAGAAAGAUACCCAAGACUCUGACUGAGAUGAACAUACAUUUCUUGAUCUUUCAGAUAGACAGAAUGAGAGAAGCAGAAAAUUCCCCAGGCAGUGACACCAUAGUUCUUAAACUUGGAGAGCUUGCAUUCCAUCAGCUGGAGAAGGGACAUCUGAUCUUCUACAAGGAAGACCUGAGAGAGUGUGGCAUUGAUGUCACAGAAGCAUCAGUGUAUUCAGGUUUAUGCACUGAGAUCUUUAAGAUGGAGGGAAGGACGUGUCAGAAAACUAUGUUCAGCUUUGUGCAUCUGAGCAUCCAGGAGUUUCUUGCUGCUGUAUACGUGUUUUUCACAUUCAUAAACCGCAAUGAGAACCCACUGGUCAAACAGAACUCCUUUGUCAAACUUUUGAAACGUGCAGUAGAUCAGGCCUUACAGAGUGAUAAUGGACACCUGGACCUGUUCCUCCGCUUCCUUCUGGGCCUCUCACUGGAGUCCAAUCAGACUCUCCUACAAGGCCUACUGACACAGACAGGAAGAAGCUCACAGACCAAUGAGAACAUAAUUGAAUACAUCAAGAAGAAGAUCAGGAAGAAUCCCUCUCCAGAGAGAUGCAUCAAUCUGUUCCACUGUCUGAAUGAGUUGAAUGACCAUUCUCUGGUGGAGGAGAUCCAAACCUACCUGAGCUCAGGAAGUCUCUCAGAGGCCGAACUCUCACCUGCACAGUGGUCAGCUCUGGUGUUUGUGUUGCUGACUUCAGAAGAGGACCUGGAUGUGUUUGACCUAAAGAAAUACUCCAGAUCAGAUGAGGGUCUUCUGAGGCUGCUGCCAGUGGUCAAAGUGUCCAGAAUAGCUCUGCUGAAUGGAUGUAACCUCACAGAGAGAUGCUGUGAAGCGUUGGCCUCAGUUCUCAGCUCAAACUCCUGUCACCUGAGAGAGCUGGACCUGAGUAACAACAAGCUGCAGGAUUCAGGAGUGAUGCUACUCUCUGCUGGACUGGAGAGUCCACACUGUAAACUUGAGACCCUGAGGUUGUCAUUCUGUGGAGUCACUAAGGAAGGCUGUGCUGCUUUGGCUUCAGCUCUGAGGUCAAACCCCUCCCACCUGAAAGAGCUGGACCUGAGCUACAAUCACCCAGGAGACUCAGGAGUCAGACUGCUCUCUGCUGGACUGGAGGAUCCCAUGUACAAACUCCAAACUGUCAGGUAAGAAUUGAAUCUGUAAAUCUCACCUAUACGUAACUGUAUCAUGAUGUUCUUGUCCUCGUCUCCCUCAGUGUACGGCUGUGACCUCACACUGAACCCAAACACAGCACACACAUACCUCUCUCUGUCUGAGGAGAACAGGAAGGUGACACAGGUGAGAGAGAAGCAGCCGUAUCCUGACCACCCAGAGAGAUAUGAAAAUUGGCCCCAGGUGCUGUGUAGAGAGGGUCUGACUGGACGCUGUUACUGGGAGGUGGAGUGGAGUGGGGACUGGGCUCUUAUAGCGGUGACCUAUAGAAGAUUCAACCAGACGGGAAGGGGGCGGCUUGGAGCCAGUCACAAGUCCUGGAGUCUGGACUGCUGUUGUAACAAUUACUCUGCCUGGCACAGUAAUAAAAACACUGAGAUAUCUGUUUCCUCCGCCUCCCACUCCAACAGAGUAGGAGUGUAUCUGGACUGGCAGGCCGGCAUUCUGUCCUUCUACAACGUCUCCUCUGACACACUGACCCACCUGCACUCAUUCAAUUCCACAUUCACUGAGCCCCUCUACCCAGGGUUUGGGGUUAGGCUUGACUCUUCAGUGACCCUGUGUAAUGUAGAUACCAAAGAACUUCAAAGCAACUCAACCUAAACAGUGUCAUGUUUUUUCCCACUGUAAUCAAUCCGACAGGCAGUCUGAUGAGUAGUGUUGCGUUUUAAUUCAUCUCUGCUGUUGGACCUACAGUUUGUAUGUAUUAUGGAUCCCCAUUAGUUCCUUACCAAGGCAGCAGCUACUCUUCCCGGGGUCCAGCAAAAGUAAGGCAGUUAUACCUUUUUUUAAACAUUACAAUACAUUUCACAACAGAUUUCACAACAUAUUAAGUGUGUUCC